GAUAAUAGGCAAGACAAAAGUCCUAACUACUGUAGAGGGAUUCCUGGGUUUUAUUUGAGACAGUCUGAUGAGCUGGCUCCAUGGAAGCCCAACAGUCUGCCCUCCCAUUGCAGCUGCAUGGCAACAUCUUGGGCUCUGGACAAGUGCCAAAACUAAGUGCGGGAUACAAUGAAGCAGGAAGAGGCGGAGGAGGCCGAGAAGCAGAACUUAAUCAGCACGACAUGACCUCCUCUGCUCAUGUCAGUUCCAGGUUGAACCCAGAUGAAGAGUUUCCGAGCCCACUGGAGCCUCUGGUUCACUGCCGUGCCAAGGGCAAGCUGGACAUCAAGAGUAGGAGCUGCGGUCUACUCACCAUCUGCCACUCAGGAGUAAUUUUUCCCUGGAUGAAUCCAAGGACAACUGACUCUGAACAAUCUGUCAGCAGUGGUGUGGCGGCCGGUCUAGCAGGCAGAGGAAGACAUGGUGUGAGGAGAGAGAGAACAGCCUUCACCAACAGCCAGCUGCUAGAGCUGGAAAAGGAGUUCCACUUUAGCCCCUACCUGUGUCGUCCUCGGAGGCUGGAGAUGGCCGCUGGACUGCAGCUCACCGACCGCCAGAUAAAGAUCUGGUUUCAGAACCGCAGAAUGAGGUACAAGAAGGAGCAUGGGAGUGGAAAGGCAACAGGUUUAUUCCAGCAGUCUUCAUGCAACCUCUCCCCCAGCUUGGGCUCAAGUGCAGACAACCUGAUGCUUCCUGGCAAAUGUAUUGUUCAAACUUCCUCUUCUUCAGACCUGCACUUCAUGGAUUAUGCUCCUCUGGCCUCCUCUCUCCUUGGCUCUCAGUUUGAUGGCAGCGGUGGUCAGUGUAAUCACCCUGCAGACCUUCCCCAUCUGAGCUGCAUACUUCCAGCUGUUGCCGGUGGUCUACGGCCCUCCUGUACGGGCGUGGAUAGUCAUCACCAUGCUGGCAUUUCAAACUGGCCCUAGGGCUCCAUAAUAACCACCCCUCCUGUUCUCAUCAGAAUCUCAGCGAUACAUCCACUAUCACUUACUUAUGAAAGACUGGGGGACGUCUGAUUAGAAUCCCAGGUGGACACACCCUUUCAUUAUUCUUGAAACAUUUUAAUUAAACUAUGUGAACAUAUUAAAGGAGAGCUACAGUACAGUGCUGUCACUGUGGGUUUGCCGCUCUGGUUGUACAUGCAUGACAUGCAACACAAGACCUUUCUUUGAGCAGUUAAUAAUGACAUGGUUUUUGCUGUGAUUUUGUGGCUUUUAUGUUUGUAUCGUGUUGCAUGUUUAAUGCAUGUGAGAAUCAUACUAAGAGGAAGUUUUCUGUAUCCCGCUAUUGGCAGGUAAAAGCUAAGUGGUUGUUAUAUUUUGCAAGUGUCACAUUAGGCCUCUUUUUUCAUUAUGUACUGUAAAUCAUAGGUCAUUUAUGUAAAAUGUUGUGACUUUGAAAUGGACAAAGUAUGUUCAUAUUGACUGAUGUUAUAUUUUUGUUAUAGCCAUUAAAGAAUAUGGCAACUCUUUGAUACUGUUUUUGAUAAAUUGAGAUGUCACGUACUGUAUGCCUAAUAAAUGCAUUUGGGGGAAAAAAAAAC